UGUCAAAUAAAAUUAAAGACAGAGUCAGUCAGUGCGUGUUAUUGUUAUAUUUUAUUUGGAAUAACAGCAAUUCAAAUAAUAAGAGACUUUCCACUUUAAUUAGAAUUAAUGUUAGUCAGUCAACUUAUUUAAAAUGCCGAAGGAGCAAUAUCGUGAGACUUACGUGGGGAGGAAGAUAUCCCAUGUCACGUUCAACGUGGAUAGUGCGUCGGAAAUCCAGAGAGCAGCCCACAUACAAGUGAUCACGAAGAACCUGUACGCACAAGAUGGCCAGAGAGUACCAGCGACCCAUGGGGUACUGGACAGGAGAAUGGGCACAAACCAGAAGGAUGCUGAUUGCGAAACAUGUGGGUUGGGGCUUGCGGAGUGUGUGGGUCACUAUGGCUACAUCGAGCUGGCCCUACCUGUCUUCCAUGUGGGCUACUUCCGCUCCAUCAUCACCAUACUGCAGACAAUUUGUAAGGAAUGUGCAAAAGUGAUGCUCCCAGAAGCCCUAAAGCGAUCCUUUCGUCGCAAAUUCUUAAAUCCGGAACUGUCAUACCUCCACAAGAAGACCCUCCGAGCGCAAGUCCUGAAGAAAGCCCACACCUUCUCCAAAUGUCCCUCGUGCGAAGCUCUCAACGGCGUGGUGAAGAAGAGUUCAACUGGUAUCCUGAAGAUCAUUCACGACAAAUACAGGAACAAGAAGUCAUCAGAUCCAGUUGUUGUGAGGGUGUUGAAGGAUUUCAAUCAAGCCAAGGAUUCCAAUAAGGAGUUGGCCACCAUGAUGCAUAGCGGCCUCAUUGUGGAAAUGAAUCCUUUGACAGUGUUGAACCUGUUCCGGCGGAUACCAGAAGAAGACAUCCCAUUGCUGGGCAUGAACAUCAAGCAAUGUCGGCCGGAAGACCUGAUCCUGACGCGGCUUCCGGUGCCUCCGCUCUGCAUCAGACCUAGCGUGGUUUCUGAGAUAAAAGCUGGCACCAACGAAGACGACCUAACAAUGAAGCAAUCGGAGAUACUUCUCAUCAAUGACGUCAUAGGCCGCCAUAUUGCCAGCGGGGGCAAGAGCGAGCUGGUGGUGCAAGAGGACUGGGACUACCUGCAGCUGCACGUGGCUCUGUAUAUCAACAGCGAGAUGUCUGGCAUCCCGCUCUCUAUGCAGCCCAAGAAGCCAGGUCGAGGGUUGGUGCAGCGCCUGAAGGGCAAGCAGGGCCGUUUCCGCGGGAACCUGUCCGGGAAGCGCGUGGACUUCUCCAGCAGGACCGUCAUCUCCCCGGACCCCAAUCUGCAGAUACAGGAGGUCGGGGUGCCAGUCCACGUGGCCAAGAUCCUGACAUACCCUGAGCAGGUGUUCCCGGCCAACCUGCAGUGGCUGCGGAAGCUGGUCUGCAACGGGCCUGACGUCCACCCGGGCGCUAACUAUGUGCAACAGCGGGGGCUGAGGAACAAGAAGUACCUCAAGUACGGCAACCGGGAGAAGAUUGCGCAGGAGUUGAAGUGCGGCGACAUCGUGGAGCGCCACCUGGUGGACGGCGACGUAGUCCUGUUCAACCGCCAGCCGUCGCUGCACAAGCUGUCCAUCAUGUGUCACAGGGCCAGGGUGCAGCCGCAGAGGACCUUUAGAUUCAACGAAUGCGUGUGUACUCCUUAUAACGCCGAUUUUGAUGGAGACGAGAUGAAUAUGCAUCUACCGCAGACCGAGGAGGCCCGGGCGGAAGCGUUGAUACUAAUGGGGAACAAGUCGAACCUGGUGACUCCUCGCAACGGGGAGCUGCUGAUCGCGGCCACGCAGGACUUCAUCACCGGCGGGUACCUGCUCACCCAGAGAGACACUUUCCUCACCAAGGGCGAGGCUCAACAGCUGGCCGCUUGCCUGCUGGCCGGGCCUGACGCCACGAUGCUCAUCCACAUGCCGCCGCCCGCAAUACUCAAACCCAAGAUACUCUGGACCGGGAAACAGAUAUUCAGUUUGAUAAUGAAGCCGAACAAACUUUGCGAAGUAAAAGCCAAUUUGGAGACAAAGGGCAAGAACUAUACCGGUAACAGAGAUAUGUGUGCGCAGGAUUCAUAUGUGAUAAUAAGGAACUCUGAGCUGGUGUGCGGGUCGAUGGACAAGAGCACCCUGGGCUCGGGCACCAAGACAUCUAUCUUCUACAUCCUGCUGCGGGAUUGGGGGGAGGAGUACGCCGUCAGGGCUAUGUGGAGACUGGCCCGCAUGUCGUCUUAUUACAUGAUGAACCGUGGGUUCAGCUUCGGCAUCAUCGACGUGACGCCCGGCAACAAGCUCAUUGAGGCUAAGAACAAGCUGCUUGACUCUGGGUACUCGAAAUGCGAUAGCUAUAUCUUGGAAAUGGAGAAGGGGACCCUGCAGUGCCAGCCCGGCUGCAGCAUGGAGGAGACGCUGGAGGCCGUGAUGCUCAGCGAGCUCAGCAGCAUCAGAGAAUUAGCAGCUAAAGCGUGCUUCAGGGAGUUACAUCCGACGAAUGCUCCGCUCAUCAUGGCGCAAAGUGGUUCCAAAGGGUCCAACAUCAACAUUUCCCAAAUGAUCGCUUGUGUGGGCCAACAAGCGCUGAACGGCAAGCGGGUGCCCAACGGCUUUGAAGACAGAUCACUGCCACACUUUGAAAGGCACUCCAAAAUCCCAGCCGCUCGCGGUUUCGUCGAGAACAGUUUCUACUCGGGCCUGACUCCUACCGAGUUCUUCUUCCACACGAUGGGGGGCAGGGAGGGGCUGGUCGACACUGCGGUCAAGACUGCGGAGACUGGAUACCUUCAGCGGCGACUGGUCAAGUCUCUAGAAGACUUAGUCCUCCAUUACGACAUGACAGUACGCAACGCUACGGGAGAAGUGGUGCAAUUCAGAUAUGGCAGUGAUGGUCUUGAUCCCAGCUACAUGGAGGGGAAGGACAGGCCUGUAGAUCUGCCCAGGGUGCUUGCCGAUGUCAGGGCUAAAUGUCCCGCCAGAGACGAAGAACCUCUGGACGGAGACGGCAUUGUGGUGGCUGCGGAGGAGACGCUGGCCCUCGACGACUUCAAGACUUGUCCGCAAGAAUUCAAAGCCGAACUGCUAACAUUUCUAAAGUCGAUCGCAGACAAAGUGCGGUCGGUGCGCACCCGGUACUCCUCGUGCGGAGCCCGGGGGCUCGUGCGGCAGCUGCAGCGGCUCACGCUGACGCAGCUGGUGCGCUUCCUGCGCGGCUGCCACGACAAGUACCAGCGCAGCAUCAUCGAACCCGGGACCGCCGUGGGCGCGCUGGCCGCUCAGAGUAUAGGCGAGCCGGGCACGCAGAUGACGCUGAAAACCUUCCACUUUGCCGGAGUGGCGUCCAUGAACAUCACGCAGGGGGUGCCGAGAGUGAAGGAGAUCAUAAACGCUUCGAAAGUGAUCUCGACGCCGAUCAUCACGGCCGAGCUGACAUACCCGUUGGACCAGGAGUUCGCGAGGAGGGUCAAGGGCAGAAUCGAGAAGACAACUUUGGGAGAAAUAACGACGUCCAUAGAUGAGGUAUAUCUUCCCAACGAAUGCUUCUUGUUGAUCAGGCUGGACGCCAAUAGAAUCAAGUUGUUGAGUUUGGAAGUCAACGUGGAUUCCAUAGUCUACUCGAUUUGCACGUCAAAACUGAAAUUGAAACCGGGUAACGUGCAAACGGUACCACCAUGGAUGAUCAAGGUGAUUCCCGAGCCAAGUAAGCAUGGCGGCUGGUUCAACAUGACUCUGCAGCAGCUGGCCAGGACGCUGCCCACCGUAGUCGUCAAGGGGCUGCCGCAGGUGUCCAGGGCGGUCAUCGCCUGUGAUGAUAGCAGCAGUCAACAGCGGUAUAAAUUGUGCGUGGAAGGGGAUGGACUGCGGGAUGUUAUAGCGACAUAUGGCGUCAACGGCACCAAGACAACGUCGAACAAUAUAUUAGAGGUGUACAAGACGCUGGGCAUCGAGGCGGCCAAGUCCACGAUCAUCAGCGAGAUCCAGGGCGUGAUGGCGGGGCACGGGAUGGCGGUGGACCGCCGGCACGUGGAGCUCCUCGCCGCGCAGAUGACCGCGCGCGGUGAGGUGCUGGGCAUCACAAGAUACGGUCUCGCCAGGAUGAAGGAAUCUGUGCUUAAUUUAGCCAGUUUCGAGAAAACAGCUGACCACCUAUUCGACGCAGCGUACUACGGCCAACGGGAUUGCAUUGAAGGAGUAUCGGAGUCCAUCAUCCUCGGAGUGCCGGCCGCUAUAGGCACUGGCGUGCUGCAGCUGCUGCACGACCACGGCCAGCCAGAGACCUCGCAGACCACGCAGCGCGAGUUGUUAUUCGACAAACCCGAGUUACAUACUUCUAUAUGGGAAUAAAUUAUGUUUAUA